CAAGAUCUAAAAGCUUGCAUUCCUGUUUUGCACCGACGUGGCCAUUCUGUCACAAGCAUUUGUCAUUUGCUUGGUAUUAAGAAGAUACUUGUAUACAAAACCAUCAGACUGACUGCUAACUCAUCCCAACAUGCAAACAAUGGAUCUCAUGGCCGACGUUGCAACCUCAGUAUAGAUGACAUUGCCUUUCUCACUACUACCCUUUGUCGAAAUCCCACCAUCUACCUCGAUGAACUACAGCAUGAGUUAUGA